AUGACCCAAUUAUACCAACAAAAGGAAUUGACCCCAAACCAGAUCAAAUUGAUCAAGGAAACUGUUCCUAUCUUGGAACAAGCAGGCGAGACAUUAACUGCUAAAUUCUAUAAACGAAUGCUUGGUGGGUACGAUGAAGUCAAACCAUUUUUCAACGAGACUGAUCAAAAAUUAUUGAGACAGCCAAGGAUACUUGCAUACUCCUUAUUAAAUUAUGCAAGGAAUAUUGAAGAUUUGACUCCGUUGUUGGGAUUUGUUGCACAGAUUGUUUCGAAACACGUUGGUUUACAGGUUAAAGCUGAACAUUAUCCAAUUGUUGGAUCCUGUUUAAUUGAAACUAUGAAGGAGAUAUUGCCGGCUGAAAUUGCCACUCAAGAGUUUAUUGAGGCCUGGAGCAUUGCUUAUGGAAAUUUGGCUGCCAUUUUAAUUGACUUGGAGGCCAAUGAGUUUAAAAAAGAACCAUGGAAUAAUUUUAAGGAGUUUAAGGUUACCAGGAUGAUCGAGGAGUGUCCAGAAGUCAAAUCUGUUUAUUUCACCCCUGUAGAUGGAGGCGAAAUUGCACCAGUUAAACCAGGUCAAUAUGUUUGUAUUAGAUGGAUGACACCAGGAGCCAAGUUUGAAAAAUCUAGAGAAUACUCCAUAUCUCAACCCCCUAGAAAUAAUGAGUAUCGUAUUUCAGUACGUAAAUUACCUGGCGGAGUUGUAUCUACCUAUAUACACGAACAGUUGAAAGUUGGUGAUAUCUUACGUGUUGCUCCACCAAAUGGUAAUUUCAUUUACGAUGCCGAAGGAGCUAAAAAGUUGACUUUGUUAUGUGGUGGUAUUGGUAUUACUCCACUUAUUUCGAUCAUGCAAGCUGCUUUAUCAAAUGGAUGUGAAAAAAUUACUUUGCUUUAUUCAAAUAGAACUGAUGACUCAAGAGCUUUUGGUCCUUUCUUGUCAGAUUUGAGUAAGCAAAACCCAGGUAAAUUAGAAAUUAUUGAAUUUUUCGACGGGGCAUACAGUGGGAAACAUAGUAUUGAAGGUGCUCAAGUAUAUGAAAGAGCUGUUCAAACUGGUGAUUUAGAUAAGUAUACUGAAAAUGGAGAAGAUGUUUAUUUAUUAGGACCAAGAGGAUACAUGAAGUUUAUCAAGGAGUAUUUGGGUAAGAAGGGUACUGAGGUUAAGUUGGAGUACUUUGGUCCAUAUGACCCAUGA